AUUGAAUGCAUGCAUGAGACACUCAAGAUGAGCAUUCUCAUUCGAACAGAUGAAACAGCAUCCACAAUAGUCUUCCACGAGAGAGCUGGCCGGAAAAUCGGAGAGAGAAUUUCCCCUUGGCGGAAAACGACCAGAAACGAAGGCGCCACACGAACCUCCACCGAACGACUUGUGGAUGGCAACUUUUGGUAGCAAGCUGGUGGCCAGCAGCUAGCAGCAGCAGCGUUGACAGGCGCCAGCGGACGGCGUUCAGUUAGGAUGUGCAGUUCCAGCGGUGCGAACGUGUCCCGGGCGCGCCAAUUGGCCAAGUAGCCAAAUUGCCAAACCAGAAAUCCAGCCGAAUAUGCCAACGCCUGACUGAGGGCCGCGGGUCGCGCGUUUUUUGUGUAAAUAAACAGAGGAAAUCGUAACGAAAUCAGCAAACCAAAAUCAAAAGCAAAAAUCAAGCGGAGCUAAGCGGAGCAUUCAUCACCAGGCAUCACCACCGCAUCCAUCCAUCAGAGAUCGGCGGAAUUUAUUUUUCGGUUUCAGUGAGAAAAUUAAAAAGAAAGAAAGAAAGAAAGAACCGCACACACGCACAAUAGUUACCAGAUGCCGUAACGCAUACGCCAUGUGAGCCGGAGGAUCGAUGGGAUCGAGCGUGUGUUCCGGCCAGGCCAUGAUAGCAACCCCCUCCUGUACAUAGCCUCUGUCUCUGUCAUGUGUCCGCAACCGCCACUGUACAUACUGUAGACUCUAAUUGAUUAAACCACAAUAGCAAAAAUACAAAAGAAAAAACAAACAAGCAAACCAAAAACCGACAUAAAAAAUAAAUAAAUAAAUACAUACAUAUAUAGCUCGGAACGCGCGCGCGAUUUCGCCGCACGCACACACAAGUUUCGGUGGAAAACGGGUAUAAAUAAUCGAAAUAAUAUUCGAACGCUAUGCUAUAUAUGCUAUAGGAAUUAGGUAAAUUAUUAGGAUUCAAUUGGGCACUGGAAUCUCGCGCGCAAUCAGAAUUAAUUAUAAAUAAACGGGCAGCCGCAUCAUGGGACCAAUCAGACUCUAGAUCCGCAGAGUUCAGUCACAGCACCAAGCACCAUCACCAUCAGCAUCAGCAUCCAUCACCAUGGACUACAGCCGGCUGAAUGCGAACAUCAACACGGGCAACAUCAGCACCGAUGAGUUCCUGGCGGUCUUCACCACCGGCCGACCGUCGGCGGAGAAUGCCACCCUCAAUCCGCCCCUUCUGGCCGUCGAUGGACAGCUGACCCUGCCAGCUGGCUCCGGGUCGGGGCUAGGUUCUGGUUACAUCAAUCUAAACGACACGAUAUACCUGCUGAACGGUAGCUUCUACAAUAGCAGCCUCCAGCUGGCCAGUGGCUACUACAACCAGACCUCCGGAGCGGGUGGGACGUCCGGCAACCUGACCAAUCCGAAUCUCACAGAGGUACACUGGGACGGGCGGUAUCCCAGCGGCUACACGCUCACCCACAUUGUGAUUGCCUCCAUUAUUGUGACCAUCUUGAUGAUCAUCAUUGUGGUGGGCAACAUGCUGGUGAUCAUAGCCAUUGCGACAGAAAAGUCGCUGAAGAACAUACAGAACUGGUUCAUUGCCUCGCUGGCGGUGGCGGACUUCUUCCUAGGCCUCAUCAUCAUGCCCUUCUCGCUGGCCAACGAGCUGAUGGGCUACUGGAUUUUCGGGAGCUGGUGGUGCGACAUCCAUUCGGCAAUGGACGUGCUCCUGUGCACCGCCUCGAUCAUGAACCUGUGCCUCAUCUCGCUGGAUCGCUACUGGAGCAUCACCAAGGCGGUGGACUAUCUCAAGUCGCGGACGCCAGCGCGGGCAGCCGUCAUGAUUACGGCUGUAUGGAUAAUGUCUGCCGUUAUCUGCAUUCCCCCGCUGCUGGGAUGGAAGGUCAAGAGGCCGGAGGGGCAGCUGCCCAAGUGUCAGCUAAGCGAUGACAUUGGCUACGUGCUGUACUCGGCACUGGGCUCCUUCUACAUACCCAGCUGCAUUAUGGUCUUUGUGUACAUACGAAUUUACUUUGCCGCCAAGGCACGGGCGAGGAGAGGCAUUAAAAAGCAUCCCCGCAAAACGAACAACGAACAGGUAACGAGCUUCACCACCGCCAACAAGAAAGGUACAAUACCGAUGCCCUCCUCUAGCGGGGCGGCCGCCCUGCAGCUGCACCAGCAGCGACAGAUAGCCACCAUUGAGACGCCGCCAAACAGUGCCACGCUGCCCAUGCAAAUACCCACGGUCACCAUGGACCUGGCCUCCGACAUUUCCACCUCGGAGGCCGGCGAAUUGGAGGCCGUGGCGGCACAGACAGUGCUGGCCUAUUCCAAUCCCAAUGGGGCGGGCACAAAUGCGUCGGUCACCGUGGUGGCCAGCGGGAAUGGUGGAACUGGUGCACCCGCCUCGCCCAAAGAGACGUUGCAGGUAAGCACGAUAGCCACCGGACGGGUGGGUCUCAAUGUGCCCGUCCCGCCGUCCAUGGGCAGCAACAACAGCAUCAAUGCGCUGAACAACAACAACGGCAGCGUGGUGGCCUCGGAAAGCGCCGCCGGAGUGGCGGCCAGUGGUAAUGGCGGCAAUGGAAGUGCCGGCGGAGCCGUUGGACCGGCCACUCCGGGCAACGAGCUGCGCGUCUCGCCGAUCGCCGGACGGUGUCGCGCCUUAUCCGUGGGCGUGGACACGGACAUGGUGAGUGAAUUCGAUCCCUCCAGCAGCGAUUCGGGCGUGGUCAGUCGCUGUGCCGUGGUCAAGCCGCUCAAGUUUCGCCUUUGCCAGCCGAUCUUCGGGCGCAAGUCCAACCAGCAGCGUCGCAACGAGGCCAAAACGGCGGCCAAGAACCAGCAGCAGACCACCAAGAGCCAACAGCAGCAGCAGCAAAAGCAACAGCAGCAACACCAGGUGGUGAAGGCGGAACUGGAGCCGGCCAUACCAAAGACACCGAAGCCCCGGGAUCCGGAAAAGGAGAAGCGUCGGAUUGCGAGGAAAAAGGAGAAGCGGGCCACACUGAUCCUGGGCCUGAUCAUGGGCAGCUUCAUUGCCUGCUGGCUGCCGUUCUUCUUUCUCUACAUCCUGGUGCCGGCCUGCGGUGACCUCUGCCACGUACCGGACUCGGCGUUCGCGGUCGCCUUCUGGCUGGGCUACAUGAACUCGGCCCUCAAUCCGGCCAUCUACACCAUCUUCAACAAGGACUUCCGUCGAGCCUUCCGGCGCAUCCUGUUCAAGUGAUGUUUGGCCUACGUGUGCUGUUACAGGUGCGUUUACGCCAGCAUCGAGAAGGCAACCGAACGUGCCAUGGGCAGCACACCCAUGGGCUAUGGUCAUGGCAUGUAUCAGCACUACAGGCGUUAGAUUUGCUUCGUAUUGGUAUAGAUAUCUGGUUUCCUUUGACUUUUCCCAAAACCAAUUUCCUUUCCCAGAGCUAAAAGAAGUAAAGUGGGUUCUAUCGAUAUUUCUUGUAAUUUUGUAAUCGAGUUUUAUCGAUUGUUUUGUUUUUUUAAAGGAAAGAUAAUCUAAAUAUGAAGAGCACAAUAGCUUUAAACUAAAAUUACUUAAAACAUCAAUACCCGAUUAUUCUCAAGCAAAACUUCCCUUCAAUGGCAUAAUUUCGAUAAUAUUUCAAUAUCGAAACCAUCAAUAGUUCUUCAGCUCUAUCCCCACCCAUUCCCUUACCACUUUUCCCACUCUUUCUUUGAAUUUUUGGUUUGUAUAAAAAUAAAAGUAACGAACAUUGUAGCUCAUUUCAAAAGCAAUGAACGGCUGUGAAUUUGAUGGAAUCUCUCAAUUUCAAUUUACGCAUUUUGGUUUCUUUUCGUUUGGUUUCGGUCCUCAAGCACCCUUGAACCCUUGAGCCCCCAAUUCCGUUGCCCUGUGUAACCCCGUACGUCCGCCUCCGCACACUUUUCACACUCGACGAGGAGCUCAUAGAAAUGCAUGAGCUGUGCAAACAAGAAUCUGAGCUGGGCAAACAUCUAUUAUGCUCCCUGAAUGAGGGGGGGAUGUGUCCGCCUGCGACGUCUAUGGCCAUUCAACUUGAAAUAAUUUCGCAAAUUUCCAUUUGCGGCUGCAUUGCCAAUGCCAAACACUUUUGUCCCACUGCAAUUGGUGGUGGCAUUAAGGUGGCUCCUCCAUUGUUGUGUGUGGUGGUGGCUUGGCAAUCAAAAUCGAGGUCAACAAGUGUGCGAAAAUUAAUUUAAUUCCUUUUUAAUACUCCUGGCAACGACUUAUUCGAUUCGUUCGCUGGAUCUAUGCGAUUUGGGGCGCCGUCAAUUGCAAAGCUGCAUUUUGGCCUGGGGCCAGAUCAAUAUUUUCUUGUUCACAUAAAUGUAAAAGUACAUACAUAUAAUCCAGCACACAAUUCGGUGUAACUAAGUGAGCCAGCACCCCAGAUAUAGAUACAGCCAGAGAUACAGAUACACUUACAGAUACCGAAACAGCGACAGAUUCCUCUACAAGGCAGCUGCAGUUUAUUCAAUCACUCAAAGAUAUUUCACUCAGCGACACAGAAAGUGGGAGCCCCGAAAGAAAAAUAAACCAAAUGUAUGGGAACCGAUGCCUAAUGGGCACA